CGAGCGAAAGACGAAAAAAACAGCCCGAAAACAGAAGCAAUCGCGACAGAGAAGAAGAGGGCCAUUCCCUUCGUCCUCCUCGUCGCCUCCGCUUUCCCAAUCCACCAUCUCCCCCCACCUAAAUCCAUCGAAUCAUCCGCCCCCGAAUUCCGCCGCCGACGCGGUCGAUCCCUCCCCGGCCGGCGCAUGGGGAUCGGGCCCAAUCGCCGCCUCUCCCGCCCCUCAUUUGGGGUUCCCGGGAUUUGACGGCUUUUUGCUUGCUUGAGCGCUUGCUUGCUGAUUCGAUCGGGUGGGAAGAUUUCCGUGCCUGCCUCCGGUGGUGGUUCGAUCGGGCUUGGGGGGGAUUGAUGGGUUUGCUGUUCGUGGAGUCGCUCCCGGGGCCGAAGGUGUUCAAGUGCAAGUUCUGCGGGGUGGACUCGGCGUCGCCGGACGCCAUCGUGUCCAAGGAGUUCCGCGGCCGCCAUGGCCGGGCCUAUCUCUUCGACAGCGUGGUGAACGUGAGCCUUGGUCCCAGGGAGGAUCGCCUUCUCAUGACUGGAUUGCACACAGUGAAUGAUAUCUAUUGUAGCUGCUGCCAACGACUCCUUGGUUGGAGAUACGAGAAAGCUUAUAGUGAGGACCAGAAGUACAAAGAAGGCAAGUAUAUAUUAGAGAAGCACAUGAUGCUGAAAGAAGGAUAGUGAUUGGAAAACCGCUGAACUAUUAAGUCUGCAAAUGCAGGCAUAUGAAACCAUGUAAAAUAUCGCUGAAUAUUGGGUUUCAAUUCUCCCCAAAAUUGAUUAUCUGGCGAGGACCAUCGUCAUUAAAUUGCAUUUAUGAAAUAUAAUGUCAUGUGAAAUCCACUGUUCUUUCAGCUGAA